AUGGUUCUUGAUCUGCUUGGACCCAGUCUGGAGGACUUGUUCAACUUCUGCAACCGCAAAUUCUCGCUGAAGACUGUUCUUCUUCUUGCCGACCAGCUCAUCUCCCGCAUCGAAUACAUUCACGCCAAGAGCUUCAUCCACCGGGACAUCAAGCCUGAUAAUUUCUUGAUGGGCAUCGGUAAACGUGGAAACCAAGUCAACGUCAUUGACUUCGGUCUCGCUAAGAAGUACCGCGACCCGAAGACUCACUUCCAUAUCCCCUACCGCGAGAACAAGAAUUUGACGGGUACGGCUCGCUACGCCUCCAUCAAUACCCAUCUUGGCGUGGAACAGUCUCGCAGGGAUGACAUGGAGUCUCUCGGUUACGUCAUGCUCUAUUUCUGCCGUGGCUCUCUUCCCUGGCAGGGACUCAAGGCUGCUACCAAGAAGCAGAAGUAUGACAGGAUCAUGGAGAAGAAGAUGACGACGCCCACCGAAGUCCUUUGCCGAGGCUUCCCCAACGAAUUUGCCAUCUAUCUGAACUACACACGUUCUCUCCGAUUUGACGACAAGCCGGAUUAUAGCUAUCUGCGCAAGAUUUUCCGGGACCUCUUCGUCCGGGAGGGCUUCCAGUACGACUAUGUCUUCGAUUGGACUGUGUACAAGUACCAGAAGAAUGCUCAGGCUAUUGCCCAGGCUGUUGGCCAGGCUGCUGAUGACGAUGAGAAAGCACGUGCCUCGCGAGCAAACGCCACUGCAGCCACUCCAUCUGGUGCUGCCAAGCCUGGUGCCAUCCCUAGCUCUCGCCGCAAGAUGCUUGAACGUGGAUCCGGUGCCGGCGUUGACACUCCCGACACCAACCGCGCUAUCGGCGGAAGCGAUAGGAUGUGA